GAUUUUGGACAACGAUCACCAGAACUUUAUUAUCAUGCUUACCAGAAGAGUCAAUUAUAUUAUUUAGGCAUAACGGAAUCAACCCUCCAAACCUUUUAUUGGAUGGGAAAUCAGGGGAUCGAAAACUUGCAUUAUUUGAUUACUUUGGUUUCUGUCAAAAUAUCUCAUGUCAAGAUAUAUAUGAAAUAAUACCGGAAAUACUCGGACCGGAACAUCCGACUGAUAUCACAUGGUUUUACAAUGGAAAUUUAGUAGAAAAUGAACUAUGGAAAUUAUUCAUGAGUAGGUGCUCAACCAUCAAAUAUUUGGAAAUACCAAACAUUUCUAUCGAUUAUUACACAAAUAUCAAUAAGAAUAGCACUAGUUUAUCCUAUUUGGUUGAAUUAGAAUGUUCCACCUAUAAAUCUUCCCAGCUAUUUUUAGAUUUGGCUCAAAUAUGUAAGGAUAUUAAAAAGAUUACGGUAAAUUUAUGUGAUAAUGAUAACGAAGGGUUGGUCUCAUUAAUUUCGAUGCAAAAGGGUUUGGAAGAGAUUAUAUUAAUUUCAUCAAUUGAAGGAUCUCAAUGUACUUUAAUCGGGGAAGCUAUUGGCACACAGUAUCCUUCAUUGACCAGCAUUAGCUUGGAAGAACACAUUCGUAUUCCUUCAACCACCUUUUCUAAACUAAUCAAUUUGAAACAUAUUCGAAUCGAUUUAGAAGAAAACGUUAAUUCAAAAAUGGAAUUAUUGGAUAAUUGUUCUUUCCCUUUCUUGGAAAGUCUGGAGAUAAGGAAUGUUCAUGAAAAAUAUUUAGAUCUAUAUACAAAAUUAAUUAAUAAUACGAACGGAUCCCUUAAACAUUUAGAGAUUGAUACAGUUCCUCAUCCCUACUUAUAUCAUAUCAGACCAUAUUGGCAAGCAUUGAUCAAACAUUGUACUCAAUUAGAAUUUGUCACCCUUUGGUUUAAAGAUGAUUCUUUAAAUGAUUUAAAAGAUUUAUUAAAAACGUGUGGUAGUAAAAUGAAGGGGAUCAUUUUUGAGGCCGUGUUGGGUCAAUUUAGUUGGCGUCCUUUGGAUUUGAAUCCUUUAUUUGAAGUAUUGGUGGAAUUGGUUGGUGGUAAUGGUACCAUUGAAGAAUUACAUUUUAGUGGUACGUGGAUCUUUAGUCCAAAAGACUUGAGAAGAUUUUUAAGUCUUUGGGGAAAGAAGAAUUUAAUUAAAGAAUCCGGUUAUAAAGAUCAUAGGAAGAUCAGGAAACCAUUAUACUUGAGUACUAAAGUUGAUUUUCAAAUAUCCAAGGAAAUUAUUGAUAUUUUUGAAGAAUUCGUUGAAAAUGGUGUACUUAAAGGAUGGUCCAGAUGA